GGAAAGAACAGGGCGGCUUCUGGUUUGGCGGGUCCUUUGUCUCUCGGUGCACCUGGAGCUCCAAGUCUCCUCUUCGCUACUCUGUGUCCUGUGCUUCUACAGGCCCAGCCUCUGUGGCCCUGUUACCUGCAGGUAUUGGGAGAUCCACAGCUAAGACACCAGGACCCCUGGAAGCCUAGAAAUGGGACCAUUGCAAUUUAGAGAUGUGGCCAUAGAAUUUUCUCUGGAGGAGUGGCAUUGCCUGGACACUGCACAGCGGAAUCUAUAUAGGAAUGUGAUGUUAGAGAACUACAGUAACCUGGUCUUCCUUGGUAUUGUUGUCUCUAAGCCAGACCUGAUCACCCGUCUGGAACAAGGAAAAAAACCUUUGACUAUGAAAAGACACGAGAUGGUAGCCAACCCCUCAGUUGUAUGUUCUCAUUUUGCCCAAGACCUUUGGCCAGAGCAGAACAUAAAAGAUUCUUUCCAAAAAGUGAUGCCGAGAAGAUAUGAAAAACAUGGACAUGGAAAUUUACAGUUAAUAAAAAGGUGUGAAAGUGUGGAUGAGUGUAAGGUGCACACAGGAGAUUAUAAUGGACUUAACCAAUGUAGUACAACUACCCAGAGCAAAGUAUUUCAAUGUGAUAAAUAUGGGAAAGUCUUUCAUAAAUUUUCAAAUUCAAACAGACAUAAUAUAAGACAUACUGAAAAAAAACCUUUCAAAUGCAUAGAAUGUGGCAAAGCUUUUAACCAGUUCUCAACCCUUAUGACACAUAAGGUAAUUCAUACUGGAGAGAAACCUUACAUUUGCGAAGAAUGUGGCAAAGCCUUUAAGUACUCCUCUACCCUUAAUACACAUAAGAGAAUUCAUACUGGAGAGAAACCAUACAAGUGUGAUAAAUGUGGCAAAGCCUUUAUUGCAUCCUCAACCCUUAGUAAACAUGAGAUAAUUCAUACAGGAAAGAAACCCUACAAAUGUGAAGACUGUGGCAAAGCCUUCAACCGAUCCUCUAUCCUUACUACACAUAAAAGAAUUCAUACUGGAGAGAAACCAUACAAGUGUGAUAAAUGUGGCAAAGCCUUUAUUGCAUCCUCAACCCUUAGUAAACAUGAGGUCAUUCAUACGGGAAAGAAACCCUACAAAUGUGAAGAAUGUGGCAAAGCCUUCAUCCGGUCCUCAAUCCUUACUAGACAUAAGAUAAUUCAUACUGGAGAGAAGCCCUACAAAUGUGAAGAAUGUGGCAAAGCCUUUAAGUACUCCUCUGUCCUUUCUACACAUAAGAAAAUUCAUACUGAAGAGAAACGAUACAUAUGUGAAGAAUGUGGCAAAGCCUUCAAGCAGUCCUCAUACCUUAGUACACAUAAGAUUAUUCAUACUGGAGAGAAACCCUACAAAUGUGAAGAAUGUGGCAAAGCUUUUAACCAAUCCUCAACACUUACUACACAUAAGAAAAUUCAUACUAGAGAGAAGCCCUACGUUUGUGAAGAAUGUGGCAAAGCCUUUAAGUACUCCUGUACCCUUACUACACAUAAGAGAAUUCAUACUGGAGAGAAACCAUACAAGUGUAAUAAAUGUGGCAAAGCCUUCAUUGCAUCCUCAACCCUUAGGAGACAUGAGAUCAUUCAUACGGGAAAGAAACACCACACAUGUGAAGAAUGUGGCAAAUCCUUCAUUUGGUCCUCAAUCCUAACUAUACAUAAGAGAAUUCAUACUGGAGAGAAGCCCUACAAAUGUGAAGAAUGUGGCAAAGCCUUUAAGUACUCCUCUAUCCUCAGUUUACAUAGGAGAAGUCAUACUGGAGAGAAACCCUACAAAUGUGAAGAAUGUGGCAAAACCUUUGCUGCAUCCUCAACCCUUAGUAAACAUGAGAUCAUUCAUACUGGAAAGAAACCCUACAAAUGUAAAGAAUGUGGCAAAGCUUUUAACCAGUCCUCAUCCCUUACUAAACAUAAGAAAAUUCAUACUGGAGAGAAACCCUACAAAUGUGAAGAAUGUGGCAAAGCUUUUAACCAAUCAUCGACACUUACUAAACAUAAGAAAAUUCAUACUAGAGAGAAGCCCUACGUUUGUGAAGAAUGUGGCAAAGCCUUUAAGUACUCCUGUACCCUUACUACACAUAAAAGAAUUCAUACUGGAGAGAAACCAUACAAGUGUCAUAAAUGUGGCAAAGCCUUUAUUGCAUCCUCAACCCUUAGUAGACAUGAGAUCAUUCAUAUGGGAAAGAAACACUAUAAAUGUGAAGAAUGUGGCAAAGCCUUCAUUUGGUCCUCAAUCCUAACUAGACACAAGAGAAUUCAUACUGGAGAGAAGCCCUAUAAAUGUGAAGAAUGUGGCAAAGCCUUUAAGUACUCCUCUGUCCUUAGUUCACAUAAGAGAAGUCAUACUGGAGAGAAACCCUACAAAUGUGAAGAAUGUGGCAAAGCCUUUGCUGCAUCCUCAACCCUUAGUAAACAUGAGAUCAUUCAUACUGGAAAGAAACCCUACAAAUGUAAAGAAUGUGGCAAAGCUUUUAACCAGUCCUCAUCCCUUACUAAACAUAAGAAAAUUCAUACUGGAGAGAAACCCUACAAAUGUGAAGAAUGUGGCAAAGCUUUUAAUCAGUCCUCAUCUCUUACUAAACAUAAGAAAAUUCAUACUGGAGAGAAACCCUACAAAUGUGAAGAAUGUGGCAAAGCUUUUAGCCAGUCCUCAACCCUUACUAAACAUAAGAAAAUUCAUGCUAGAGAGAAACCCUACAAAUGUGAAGAACGUGGCAAAGCUUUUCACCUAUCCACACACCUUACUACACAUAAGAUACUUCAUACUGGAGAGAAACCGUAUAGAUGUAGAGAAUGUGGCAAAGCUUUUAACCAUUCUGCAACCCUUUUUUCACAUAAGAAAAUUCAUUCUGCAGAGAAACAAACCAUACAAGUGUGAUAAAUGUGGCAAAGCCUUUAUUUCACCCUCAAGCCUUAGUAGACAUGAGAUAAUUCAUACUGGGGAGAAACCCUAGAAAUGUGAAGAAUGUGGCAAAGCCUUCAAGUGGUCCUCACACCUUACUAUACACUGAGAAUUCUGAACUUACUCUGUAACCCUCCCAAACUCCUCCCAGCCACAGUCUGGCAGAGGUCCUGCCAUUCCAGAGACCUGGAGGAAGCGGCCCAUUUACAGCCAUGUAGGCAGGCCUGCAGACCUUGGCCUUUACUAUGGUCCCUGAAGUGGUUCAAUGACCAGUUUCAGUUACCUGAGCCACAGCUUAAGGUCAGUUCUGCCUAUAUAGAAACCCACACAGUUAACCUGAGGAAAUGCUCUCUGGUACUCACUGAAAGCCACACUCAUCCACAUCCUGAUACAAGGCCCACCAUAUGCAGACCUGACUGCCAGAACAUGCCCUAGUGUCUGCCCUACAGAGCAAAGUCCUGAAGGAUAUGCAGUCUGUCCAAAAAUAAAAUGGGAAUUACAACUACCCAAGCCCCUGUAACAAGCCAGCUAAAGUGGACUCUAGUGCAGACCCAGCAGCCUUGUGACCAAGCUAGAACCCCUUAUCACUACAAAUUCAGAGGGCAUCUCAUCACCCUAAGGGCCCAACGAAAGCAGAUCUUCUAAAAUCAGUUUAUGAAAACUUGAAAAGGUGUUUGCUCCAUCAAAUUCAGACACCAAUACAAAACUAUAUUGUGCCCAUUGUCAGCGGUUCUAUUUUAAUGUAGCACUGUAAGUGUGUGGCAGAAGAACUAGUCAAAGAAAUAAAAAUAACCGUUGAAAUUGAAGAAAAAUAAAA